AUGUACACAACAAAUCCGAAGACUCGCGAGUGGGGAAAGCAUGUUCUUGGCUUGUCCCGAAUAAAGCUCAUCUAUGCCCGGAUCACACUAACCCGCUUCACAACUCUCUAUUUCGCCCUCGCUGUUUUCAGCUGCUUGUCGCUCGUCAUCAUCCAGUCGAGAAUUUUCUUUUCAAACACCGAGGGCCAGCAUGCCAUUGAUGACCUUUUGCACUCGACCAACGUGAGCACCACGACAAUCGGGCUAUCAUUUCUUCGCGACGGCGAUGUCUUGCUUUGCAAAAACAUCCCUGGCCAGCCGGACUCCAACUGCUCGACCCUUGUGCAUCGUUACGGUCAUGGACGUAUGCAUGUUCGAGACUCUACACCACAACUUGAAACUCGAGCAGUCAACUUGGAGCAAUGUGCUAUUUCUCUGAUGUGGCUAGGCGAUGUGUUAACGGACGCUCGCCGCGAAGAUCUCGUUAUCCUUGCCUACCAACUAUGGCUCCUCUCCAUGUCGAUGAUGACUCUUCUCAACGAGAGUCUCCCGCACCUGUUUGCUGCGUUGGCUGCCAGAGCAUUAUCUCUUGGGUGGGCCGGGUUCCGCCUCUCUGGUAACAUGAAUCUCUACCACGCGUAUGAGCAUGUUAUCGCUGUCGGGAAGUGCAACGGGUUUGAUCCUAUGGGUGACUGGUGGAGUCAAGGCGGCAUCGAAGUCGCCGCUCUCGUUUUCAAUCUUCUCGACUUCCUUCUCAGUGCCGCAGUCUCGUAUAAACUUUUCAAGGUCUAUGCGUCUCAGACGUUCAGUCGUGUCGGUGCAUCGGCAGAAGUUCAUCGUGUUUACAAGUUGGUGUUGUUCUUUUCUGUGAUGCUCCAACUUGCCGGAUUCUUUGUUUUGGCACAAACAGCAUUGUGGAUAGGCAAAAUAUCCCUCGGACCCAUUCGCAUGCUUGCCGACCAUUUCAGGAUGUAUCUUGCGGGGCUGAUCGUCACUGCAGUGUUCUCGAUCCCCUGGCUAGUGCUGGGCUGGCUAAGUGUGCGAAGAGAAUCGAAAAUAUUGUUCCUUCUCUUCGCCGCCAUUUCCUGUGUUCUGUUUGCGAUGGCAACGUUGACUCUGAUCAGUCCCCUCUACCGCUUCGUCCUCACCAGCUGGUCGUUCUAUGCCACCAUUUCCAUCACUGCAGAUGUCUUGCUCAUUGCAACCUCCGUCCUGGCUAUCGUCUGUAGGACUCAGUUUGGCAAGGGUCUGGCACAUUUCUUAAGGGUUGAGACUAUGCUCGACGAAGGGGACUUCACUCCAGUCACAUUUGCCAAGGGUGACGUUUCCCCCACAUACGAUGGCACCAAGUACGAGCUGGACCCGGAGCUCGCGGUACUGGGCUAUUCCUACCCCAAAGAGAAGGGCGACACGCUCAAGCCCGCGAUGUCGGGCGAAAGUCGGAAAAUCAGUGCUUUUUCGAUGAUACUCUCUGACCAGCAUGCGGAGAACAGCACCAUCCACCUUUCGAGUACUCCUGCCCUUUUCCAAGGCGCAUUGACCAGACUUCCCGACCACGCUGUCGUGAAACCUGUUGCAAGAAGUACAAGUCUCUCUUCGCCCACCAACUCGGCAGCGUCGAGCGUGCUUUCGAAAUCUCCUUCGCCGUCCCCUCCCCUUGUUGAAGAUCGCAAUAGCCGGACCCCAACAAGAGAACCAACCAAGCUAGCAGCUGCAGUGGUCCGCUCUGGCUCUGUGCCCCCUGCCCGACGGAUGCCUCCACCGGGCCGUGUGGGCCUUCCCAGCCGACCUAGAGCAAGAAGUGUGUCCAAGCCGGCAGGCAAUUUCUUCUGA